UGCAUACGGAUGGAUAUGUAUACAUAUGUAUUCAUGCAGAUAUAUAUGUAAUGGACAUACACUUAUAGUAACAAGUUGAAGAGCGAAUGAUCUUCUAUACAUUGUCGGGUAUGGUCUCCAGGUGAACUCGUUCUAACCAUGUCGAUGCGUAGUAUAUUCUCGCUAUCGCGAGGAUGCAUCUCCCAAGGAAACCACUUGAAGGUUUCUGCAGCCCUUUCUUCUCCAAAUGUGCAUACAAUCAGUAGCGGAUAUGUACAUACACACAUUGCUACUAUCCCAGUUACACGUUCCUGUAUAGACGCGGCUAUGUGUAGAUAUAAACCUAGUUACAGACAUAUACAUGCACUUGCAGCGACUACUACAUUUGCUCAUACCAGCAUGGACAAAUCGAGGCGUAGAUACACAACUGAUGCCAAUGUGGAAAACGUAGAGGUGCACAUCAAGCCUACUACAGUGGAUGAUCUCACUGUGCGUAAGAAGCUGCUACACAACGCACCGUCAUUCAAAGAGUUUUUGAGUGUUAAUAGUAUCAAAGCCGAUGAGCUGUCGAACGAUGCGCUGAUUCCCGCAAAGGAUUACCUUCCCACCGAAGUAUUGCAGGGUGAUGCGCGUAAGGUGUUCUUUGAAACCUAUGGGUGUCAAAUGAACGUCAGUGACACCGAAGUGGUGUGGGCCAUUCUCAAGGGUGUGGGCUAUGAACACUUCAAGACAAUAUACAAGACCAAAAAGGGGGGCGCGCGGUUUGCCGAUCUACUGGACGCCGUCUCAUUGGUUGAUCCCGACAUGCGCAUCCGGUUCACGAGCCCACACCCCAAGGACUUUCCCGAGGAAUUGAUUGAGCUCAUCUCCACUCGAGACAACAUAUGCAACCACAUUCAUUUGCCGGCCCAGAGUGGCAACUCAGAGGUCCUGCAACGGAUGCGCCGGGGUUACUCGCGCGAGGCCUAUCUGACCUUAGCCGCGCAUUUACGACAGAUGUUACCUGGAGUGCACAUAUCAUCAGACUUCAUCACAGGGUUCUGCGGGGAAACAGAGGAUGAGCACACAGACACACUGACGCUCAUGGCGCAGGUCAAGUACGAGCAGGCGUUCUUGUUCGCAUACAGUAUGCGUGAGAAAACACACGCUCACCGACGUUUCAAAGACGAUGUAGCUGAGGACGUCAAACAAAGGAGGUUGAGGGAGAUCAUCGAUGUGUUCCGAAGUGGCUCGCUCGCACGCAACGAGCAACUGGUGGGCACCACCCAGCUGGUACUGGUGGACUCGAUAGGGAGAAAACCAGGGCAAUUCCUAGGCCGCACCGACGGAUUCACACGUGUUAUUAUGUCCGAUGUCAAAGUGCCCUCUGACACGACCGGAGUGAGCAAUACGCAGAUCGAAGUGGGUGAUUACGUAGCGGUACAUAUCACGGAAGCCAACGCACAAACACUCAGAGCGACCCCUCUGCGCGUGACUAACAUUGUAACCCAUGCCGCUAGAGCCAAAUCGAAGGCUCUCGGGGAUGCUUCAAGUGACUGCGAUAGUGACAGUUCAGCAUUGUCCGGUUGA